AUUACACUAACAUUUUCCUUUUUUUUUGUACUAUGGGUAAUUUUUAUCGGUAACCCAGCGAAAUAGAAGAAGAUAUCAAAAUAACGAGUGGCACUAGCGAAAGGCUUCAGCCUAGUUUCGAACAAGUUUGGUGCAAUGGCGAUGACGUUCUUGCCGGCGGCUCAUGUUCAUAAUCUAUACCCGCAACAACUUGCCAGCAACACGAAGUCUCCAAAACUACUUUCUCGUCGAGAUUGUUAUUCGGCUUCUGGAAACGCUGGUUCGCUUACUGCGACUUUGAAUUGCGCGAAAUUGGAGACUUCUGCAAAGGCGCUGGCUUUGAAGCCUCAUGUCAAGCUAUCAUGGGUGAAGAGAACCGCAGUGUUCAGGUCUGCAACCAUAGAAGAAAUAGAAGCAGAAAAAUCUUUUAUCGAAGAAGAUGUUAAAGAGAGAAUGGAGAAGACGAUUGAGAAUGUUAGGUCCAAUUUCAACUCUAUAAGGACAGGGAGAGCUAACCCAGCAAUGCUGGAUAAGAUUGAGGUGGAGUACUAUGGUACUCCAGUCAGCUUGAAGAGCAUAGCCCAAAUUGGCACUCCUGAUGCAAGUUCUCUUCUAGUACAGCCCUAUGACAAAUCCAGCCUAAAAGCUAUAGAGAAGGCCAUCUUAAAUUCUGAACUUGGUAUGACUCCUAAUUCUGAUGGAGAAGUGAUAAGAUUAGCUUUGCCUCAAUUGACAUCUGAAAGAAGGAAGGAAUUGUCAAAAGUUGUGGCCAGGCAAGCUGAGGAAGGGAAGGUCGCUUUAAGGAAUAUAAGAAGAGAUGCCUUGAAAUCCUACGAAAAACUUGAGAAGGAGAAAAAACUCUCUGAAGACAUUGUGAAGGAUCUGUCAAGUGAUUUGCAGAAAGUUACUGAUGAGUACAUGAAGAAAAUUGAUGCUAUCUACAAGCAGAAGGAGAAGGAGUUGCUGACGGUUUAACAGUUAGUUUUGGGAAACAUGUAAAUAGGGUUUUACUGCAAUCUGCAUUUCCUGAGAUCAUCUAACGGCACAUUAAGUAUGUUUCAAAUUGAUAAUCAUUCUUGCAAUUGCUGUGUAUUUAAUGGGAAUGGGAGGCUGAUCAGUGCUGAGCACUUCAGGCAGAUUUUACUAAUUUUAGUUGAAUAUCGAGGUUUGAUGUAUGUUUGGCAUGCGAUUCAUGCAGAUGGUAAAUUAUAUUUACCUUCAUUUAUCAAUUACUAUCAAUCAAAAGAUUUUCAUUCAUGUGUUUAAUGAAAAAACAAAAUAAAAAUACCAUUUAAAG